AUGUUAUAUGAAAGGAAAUUUAUUGCAUUUGUUUACAUGCCAUACCCAUUGUUACAACUUUUUAGUAAAAAGGCCAAGACAAAAAAGCCUCAUACAACUCCGGAAGAAAGAGUCCAAAUUCUUCUUUCUCUUCAAAAUGGACAUACUACAAGGCAAAUAGCAAAAUGGUGUGAACAACACUCCCUCGAAGAUGCACCAAAACCAGGUCAACCAUCUACUAUAAAUGAAACAAUAAAAAAUAAAAUUGUCAAUCUCAUAACUUUGCAAAGGUGCUCAUCUGCUCCAGAGGUCCAAAAAUGUAUAGAAGGAAAAGAAAAUAUUAGUAUUUCAUCACCUACUAUUCGUCAUAUACUUCAUGCAAAUGGUUUAGUAUCAAGAAUUAAAAGAAAAAAACCCUACCUCAGCAGUAAACACCAAAAGCGUCAGUUAGAAUUUGCAAAAGAACAUGAACAUUGGACUAUCAAAGACUGGUCAAAGAUUAUAUGGUCUGAUGAGUCUAAGUUUAAGGUUUUUGGAUCAGAUGGGAAGCAAUAUUAUUGGAAACAUCCAGAGGAACCAUUAAACCAUUUCCACAUUAAACCUACAGUGAAGUUUGGGGGCGGGUCGGUGAUGAUAUGGGGCUGUUUUACAUCUCGGGGUGUUGGUGGCUUUUGUAGGAUUGAUGGCAUGAUGGAUGCUAAAUUGUAUCAACAGAUACUUCAUGAAGAUCUUAUGAAUACUAUCAAAGAUCAUGGAUUUAAUGUCAAAGAGGCAUCUCCCUGGGCAAGGAUUUACGGAAUAAGAUACAACGGGUUUGGUUUGAAAUUGAUGUUGAAACUUGUACCAACUUAA